AAAGAAAAAAAAAAAAAAAAAAACUCUCAGAUUGAUCCCUUCCACGGAUUUCUCAAUAGGAAUUUCCUUACCCGAAGUACCAAGCUUUUCUGCCGCCGCAACAGGGUUAUUGUUAACGAGAUUUUGAGGCAUUAGUUCCGGUGUCUCCGCCGUAACAGGGUUCGGGUCAGUUUCCAACCCUUUCCAUUGUUAGUUAAGUUUUGUUUCUUUCUUCUCUUGUGCUCAAAAAACAUGGGAAAUGCAUAUAACAGAAGACAACGGAUCUGAAGCGAUUAUUCACUUUGCCACUGUCACAUUCUCUCCUUCUGCCAUGACAAUUUGUUCCUCCUCAGAUUCAUCAUCGUCCUCUUCUUCUUCCUCGAUUGAUUCUUCUUCUUCUUCCAACAACAACUUGAAGACAUGGAUCAUCCAUGGCAUUUUGUUUGGAGUUUCAAUUGCAGCUGUAGCUGGUGCUCGCGCAUAUUUCAAUCGAUUCAACAAAUUCCGUAGCCGAGUUGUAGGCAUUAUACCUGCCAGAUUUGCUUCAUCGAGAUUCGAAGGAAAGCCUCUUGUUCAUAUUCUUGGCAAACCUAUGAUCCAGAGAACGUGGGAAAGCGCAAAGCUGGCAGCUUCAUUGGAUCAUCUAGUUGUGGCAACUGAUGAUGAAAAGAUUGCUGACUGCUGUCGGAAAUUCGGUGCAGAUGUCAUAAUGACAUCAGAGUCUUGUCGAAAUGGUACUGAGCGCUGCAAUGAAGCCCUACAGAAGCUUGAGAGAAAAUAUGAUAUAGUUGUAAACAUACAGGGUGACGAGCCACUUCUUGAACCUGAAGUAAUUGACGGUGUUGUCAAAGCUUUGCAGGCAGCUCCAGAUGCAGUGUUCAGCACUGCAGUUACGGCUUUAAAGCCUGAAGAUGCACAUGAUCCAAACAGAGUGAAAUGUGUGGUUGAUAAUCGUGGUUAUGCAAUCUAUUUUUCACGAGGAUUAAUCCCAUUCAAUAAGUCAGGGAAGGUCAAUCAGCAGUUCCCUUAUUUGCUUCAUCUUGGGAUUCAGAGCUAUGAUACGAAGUUUCUAAAGAUAUACCCAGAUCUUCAACCUACUCCAUUGCAACUUGAGGAGGAUUUGGAGCAGCUUAAAGUCCUUGAGAAUGGCUAUAAGAUGAAGGUAAUAAAGGUUGACCAUGAGGCCCAUGGUGUCGACACCCCGGAAGAUGUUGAAAAGAUAGAAGCUCUAAUGCGUCAGAGGAACUUGUCUUGAACAUGUUGUAGCAUUGAAACAGUCUAAAAAUUAGCAACUAUUAACACGAGAAGUCAUCGACACGGAUGCACCGGAUCGAAUACGAGUGUUAUAAUUUGAUUUGUAGUGUUACUUUUUUGGGACGGGGAAUAUAACAAGAAUUUCAUAUACACUAGUAUAUGCAAGAAUGGAAAUUUUAUUUAUACGUAUAUUGCACAUGAAUCAUUAUCAUCAUUAGAAAAAAAUGUAGUGGUCCUUGGAUGAUAUUAUGAAUCUUGAUUAUAAGCAUGUAGAAAAUUCAUUUAUAUUAUUUGUA